AUGAGCCUAACUUCACGCCUAUCGAAUUGGUUCUUUUCAGACAGCUCUGUCGGAAACACUGCCCUUGAGGAGCGCAAUGGCUAUUCGGAACCGGAGUUUGAUCUCGACGGCGCACGACAGAAUAAGCGGCCGCGAACAAUGGAGAGAUUGGAGGAGGAGGAAGUAGACUUCGAGCUGAAGAGACCCCCUUACAUUCAUUCGAUGCUAGCUGGAGGAAUAGGCGGCACGACCGGCGAUAUUCUCAUGCAUUCCCUGGACACAGUGAAGACGAGACAACAAGGAGACCCUCACUUUCCACCGAAAUACACCUCAUUGUCCGAUUCCUACGUCAAGAUAUUCCGGCAAGAAGGAGUGAGAAGAGGACUUUAUGGAGGCUUUACGGCAGCUAUGUUGGGGUCUUUUCCCGGCACGGUUAUAUUCUUUGGGUCAUACGAAUAUUGCAAGCGGCAUAUGCUGGAUCGCGGUAUCAACCCGUCCAUAUCAUAUCUCGCAAGUGGUUUCCUUGCCGACUUCGCGGCAUCCAUUGUGUACGUACCAUCCGAAGUGCUGAAGACUCGGCUGCAGCUCCAAGGUCGAUAUAAUAACCCGUUCUUCAAUUCCGGAUACAACUACAAGUCAACGUGGGAUGCAGCGCGGACAAUAGCUAGAACAGAAGGAUUGGGAGCAUUGUACUCCGGAUACAAAGCCACCAUCGUCCGGGACCUUCCGUUCUCAGCACUGCAGUUUGCAUUUUACGAGCAGGAACGCAGAUUUGCUCAGAGUUGGAUGGAUACUCACGACAUUGGACUGGGCCUGGAAAUCUUCACCGCAGCCUCGGCGGGUGGUGCUGCGGGAGUCAUAACCUGCCCACUUGAUGUCGUGAAGACUAGGACUCAGACCCAGAUCACCCCCAAUGGAGCGAAGAACAGCCAGUCUUCACAUUUGGAAAAAACAGCCAAGAGCAGUCAGAAAGCAUGCGCCAAAAAGCAGACGCAGACAAGGUUGAUCCAUUCCGGACCUCGAACAGUCCCCCAUUCGACUCCUACACUUGACACGUCUUCUGUGAUGGAAGGGUUGCGGUUGAUAUACAAAACCGAGGGGUUUGCCGGCAUGUUUCGUGGGGUAGGACCCAGAUUUGUGUGGACGAGUGUACAGAGCGGAACGAUGCUUGUCCUGUAUCAGUAUUUGUUGAAGCAGAUGGAGCGGUUUCAAUCUCAAGAAGGAGCAGGAGUGAUCUGA